AUGAGAUAUACGGACCUGAGGGUAUGCAUCUACAGGAGUUUCUGCGUUCUUAAACGUGAGCAGAACAAAGAUGAAAUUGCAAAGAGCAAGGCAAAUGCUCUUUCCAGAAGAUAUGGCCGUGAGAAGGAGGUACCUUAUAUUUUAAAGGAACUAUAUUAUUUGCGAAAAAAAAAACAUGUAUUUAAUUCAUAUUUUUAUUACCACUUCAAACGUCGCGAAGCAGCAUACUUGCAAAACAAGCUUGCAAUUGAUGUAGCAAUAGGAGAAGAUUGCUCUGCUCUGCUCGCCAAGGAAACUAUGUCUGAAACUGAAUCAGACACUGAUUCAACUGGCCUGUAUCCCGUUCGAGUGAUUCUGAUCCCCCCGUCCAGAAUGGAGAAGCGACGAGCCAUUUAUGCAGAAAAUUAUAAUGAGUUGUUGCCAUUAGAUCGUGACACAAUCUUGUUGGAUAUUCUACUAUCUAUUGGUCUUAUUACGCGUACUGUGUUUUUGUCUUUCUUUCAGAUAUAUAUUACCAGAAAGCGGCCCAAGGCUCGCGAUUUUGCCGAGGAAGAACUGAAAGAGGCUGUGCGAGUUGUUUAUGAAAAAGGAGGGACAAAUGGAGCACACACUCGACAUAGUAAUAUAUAUCUGGUGACAUAUCAUAGAAUAUUUAUUCGCAAACUCUAUUGUGAAAAUAAAGAGCUCGUUGAUACAAGUAGAAUUGUGACCAGAAAAGAUGUCUUGGCAACCAAAAUAAAAGAUGAUCAAGCAAAGUUACUAUUAGAAGCAAAGACAAUCAUAGAAAAUAUUGCUAGUACUUUUAACUUCAUCAACCCAUCAUCAAUCGCAGUUCCCACCAUUCAAAUCGGCCGACUUUACUAG